UCGAGGCGCGCUCCUUCGUCAGCGGAAGACGGUCCGUCGACAAACACUGCUCGAGUACACACUCAUCACACAUCUGACCUUAUGAGAUCUCCCCCCGGACGACUCUGAGCUCGCCAUCCCGCAGACUCGCUAGAGAACUGAUAUAUGAUUGUAAGUCCAUUCAGAAUGCCUGGAUCCCUCCCUGCAGUUUGUGAGGCCGCGUGGCCCAAAGAUGUGGGCAUCUUGGCCAUGGAGGUCUACGUGCCCUCACAGUUCGUUGACCAGGCCGAGCUGGAGGAGUACGAUGGCGUCGGGGCGGGGAAGUACACUGUCGGCCUGGGACAGGCCCGCAUGGGCUUUUGCUCAGACCGGGAGGACAUCAACUCCCUGUGCCUGACGGUGGUCCAGCGCCUGAUGGAGAGGAGCGGCCUGUCCUACGACAGCGUGGGCCGGCUCGAGGUCGGCACCGAAACCAUCAUCGACAAGUCCAAGUCCACUAAGACGGUCCUGAUGCAGCUGUUCGAGGAGUCGGGCAACACCGACGUGGAGGGAGUGGAUACCACCAACGCCUGCUACGGGGGAACUGCCGCACUCUUCAAUGCCAUCAACUGGGUCGAGUCCAGCUCCUGGGACGGUCGCUAUGCUGUGGUCGUCGCUGGUGAUAUUGCGGUGUACGCCACGGGCAGUGCCAGGCCUACAGGGGGCGCCGGAGCCGUGGCCAUGUUAGUGGGACCCAAUGCCCCUCUGGCCUUUGAGAGAGGGCUUCGUGGGACACACAUGCAGCAUGCGUAUGAUUUCUAUAAGCCAGAUAUGGUCUCCGAGUAUCCAGUGGUGGACGGCAAGCUCUCCAUCCAGUGUUACCUCAGCGCUUUAGACCGAUGCUACUCCGUCUUCAGGAACAAGAUCCACGCCCAGUGGCAAAGAGAGGGUGUUGAGCGCCGCUUUAGUCUGGAAGAUUUUGGCUUCAUGGUCUUCCACUCUCCUUACUGCAAACUGGUCCAGAAGUCUUUGGCUCGCCUAAUGCUCAACGAUUUCAUGAGUCACCCAUGUCCAAACACAGAGAGCGGGCCCUUCAGCGGAUUAGAAGCUUUCAGAGACGUGAAGAUUGAGGACACUUAUUUCGACAGAGAUGUGGAGAAGGCCUUUAUGAAAGCCAGUUCAGAACUGUUCGAGAAUAAAACCAAAGCAUCUCUCCUUAUAUCCAACCAGAACGGCAACAUGUACACACCGUCAGUGUACGGCUGCUUGGCUUCAGUUCUCGCACAACACACACCGCAGCACUUGGCAGGCCAGAGGAUCGGUGUGUUUUCUUACGGCUCAGGCUUUGCUGCCACACUCUACUCCAUCAGAGUCACACAAGACGCCACACCUGGCUCUGCUCUGGACAAGAUGGUCUCCAGCCUGUGUGACUUGCAGGCCCGACUGGACUCCAGAACGAAGGUUUCACCGGGGGUUUUUGCUGAGAACAUGAAGCUCCGAGAAGAAACCCACCAUUUAGCAAACUACAUCCCUCAAGGCUCUGUGGAGGACCUCUCCCCGGGAACAUGGUACCUGACCCGUGUGGACGAGAAGCAUCGCAGACAGUACGCCAGGCGCUCGAUGAACGACCACAGGUCUCUGGAGGCAGGACUGCUCACUGCAGCCGAGCAUAUCCCCAGCCCGCUCAAGAAGAUGCCCCGUAUCCCAACUACCACAGCUGGCCCUGAGGUGGUCGUCAGUAACGGGGAUCAUUAAUUGCCUCUGUGAGGUGCAGGUUAUGUAGAGGGACACAGGAUCUGGAGAAGAAACAAGCUAAACAAGACCCCAGGACUUCUGCAGCCGUCAAAUCAAACUCAAAGCUUUUUAAAUGUCCCAGGACAGAAUUAGUUUGACCGUCACUGUGUUGAAGAUGCAGUGUUAGUACAUGGAAGGUUUCUCUGCUGCUCGGAGUCAUCUAUUCAGACCUGCUGACUUCUUUAAUCCUUUUAACUUCAAAUAUCUACCUGUUGGCCUUUCACAAGGUCCAUGUCGUCGAUCCCGUCAGUCAUCACACGAGGGGUCGGAGCGUCUAAACGUGGAUGUUUUAGGGAAGAUCGGCCCUCGUUUUUAAUUGAUCUAGAAGCUGCAGUUUUCACGCUCACGGCUGUAUCGCUCUGUCAGGAUUUGUGUUUUUAACUCUUUUUAGUCAGUCUUAUCACCAUGGCCAUGUCAGGGAAAUGUGCCUGGGUCACAUAUUAAUAUGAGCCAUAAAUGUAUAGUUUUAAUUGCAUACAGUAAGUACAUAAUUGUUUAGUUACUGCUAAACUGGCUUGUGUUGGCAUUUAUGUCCUUUGAAACGAGAAUCAUAAGUAGAUGGUGUUCAUUUAUAAUGAACCCAGAUUAGGAAAUAAAGUCAUGAUUAUUGUUAGAGGAUAAAAGAUUGAUGACAACAUUAAAUGUUAGAAUCAGUCACACUGGUAACAGCAAAUUAUAUAUAUCACAACUUACCCUAAAAAUGAGAAAUGAUAUGAUUUAAAGCCAUCAAAUUUUUGACCUUUGAUUGUUUCAAACACAGAGCACUUAUCGGUAAUGAUGCAGAGAUUUAUGGGAGAAGCAAUAUUAGAAAUAAUGCUACAAUAUUGUAGAAGGUUGCACCUUAAGACCUUAAUGUCAAAGGGCUCAAGACAGAUAUUAUAGGUUAAAAGCAAAGAAGAGACAUUUUCAGACAGAGAUUGCACUUAAUUACACAAACACUGAGAGCAAGAUGGCUUUUCCUUCCAGAACAUUCUUCAAUCCGUGGGUCCAUGUUAACAUCUGAAGAAAAACUACAUAUCAUCAACUUUGAGAAGCCUUAUUCUAACCAUGUCCAAAACACAAAGGGUUUUUUUUUUUUUUUUCUGAAAACUGUAUAGAGGAAUUUUUCUUUCUUUUCGUUCUGCUGCCAGGACAUUUUGACUGUAAAGAUAUAACUUGAAACAGACAAUGUUUACAAGAGGUUUCCCUGAGAUCAGUUCAUGCCAAUAAUUGGCAAGUAAUGUACAGUACUAACUUAUGUUUGCAGAUGGACAAAAAUUGGAAUCUGAUCAGAUGCAUCUUGAAGAAGCUGUAUUGAGGAUGUCACAAUAUCACAUGGGAAUAUGUUCAUAUAUGAACUGAGGAUUAAAUGUUCUUUUGCUGAU